UAGUUUGAUAGCGUCGUGGAAAAAUUUACCACGCAUUGUGUUUGGAUCAGAACAAAGCCUGACGUCCCUUUAUUCAAGCAUGUGCAUACAGCGAGAGGUAGCCAAAGCUGCUGUGGCAUAAACGGAAAAUACAGGAGCUUCUCUUGCUGAAAACCACAAUUUCUUAAACCCACUUUCUUUAACAGCACUUUUCCUUAUUUGGCAUAUAGUGCAAGUUUCAACAGUAGCUUUGCCUUAUUUGGAGUUUAGCAAAAUCAAGCUUUUCCUGUUAUUGGCAGGUGUUUUCUUUGCAGUUAAUGCUUCAUUUUUUUAUUUUUUUUUAAACUUCUAGCAGUUAUGGUUACAUUUCUUAAGCUGUGUUGUUUGCAAUCACCUCUUAAUGGAAUUUUCCACACUCCCUUCUUAUACUUUAUAUACACAGUUAGCUUGACCAAAGUUUUAGGCCUACUUGGGUCCACUGAAUUUUUCCUCCACAACAGGAUGUAGCUCAGAUUUAUUGCAGAUUUCAAGAGACAAAUGGUUAUUUGCCAGAAUUGUCCUUUUUUAGAUUUUAUUUUAAUGUUUACCUAACCCUUUGUCGUGAGAUUUUUGUGUGGUUUGAACAAUGACAGUGAUCAGUAUCUCUCAGCAGGAACACUUGAUGGUGAGAGCUAGAUUCAAAUUGUGAGGCAGAGACUGAAACAGAAAUGAAGUUACUGCCUGAUCCCUGCAGAGAUGUGAGCUACCGUUGGGAGGGGGAGAAGUUGGGGGAGCAGAGCUGGGAAACUGGUAGGUUUGCUCCUCAGAGCCCGACAGCUGAGGCUGAGAACUGUGAACUCGCUGCACGGGUGCCCGACAACGACUAGACUUGGACUGUGAGUGUCGUGUGAAGCUGCCCCUGAACUCUAAAGGACUAUGAAUGACACCCCAAACAAUGAUAGGGGAGGCAGCAGCUUCUCUCUAUUCUUGAGUUGCCAAACUUGGGCUCAGGCAAGAAGGGCGCGGGGAUGUCAACAGACCAGGGCAGCCUUGAAGCCAGGCUGACUCCCCAUCACUGAGACCAGAGGGAGAUGAGGAACCUGACAGCCCACCUGGUCAUCCCCUCCCCAUCUACCUCAGUGUCCUGUGUUGGGAUGGCAGAGACUCUCUUUGCUCCCCUCACCCCAAGCCCCAUGUUCACCACUCAUGUAUGGUUCUGAUAUAUCAUAUACAAUGUAGGUUUGGUGAGGGAUCAUUGGAAAACACGCAUUUCAAUGGUAGAUCAUGAAACAGCAGUGUAUGCAGAAUGGUGAGGUUAUACUUUGUUUGUUGCUAGGGAGACCAUAUCACAGGUGCCCAAAAAGGGGACACGGAGGAGGGGUUGGAGCUGGGGAGGAUGCGGUAGGGGCAUUCACAAGGUGAGGUUUAGUGGUGCAGUUGCCCACUCUGGGAGAAGAGGGGUUAAAGCAGCCCUUGGAGAGGCUGUGCAAAGCCCAGCCAAUGAGAGGAGGGCUUGCAGAAGAGCCAAUGGAAAGAAGGCUUGAUGGAGCAGCCAAUAAGGGCUAGUGAGGGCCAUAUAAAAAGGACUGUUCAGCAGAGCAGAGAGUAGUCUUUCUGGAGCCUGAGGGAAAAGGACUAGCUGUCUAUAAAGGGAAGUGUCAGGGGAAGAGCCAUGUGGGGUGGUGUCAGGAGAGCAAGUAGUGCUCUAGCCUGACUGCCCGCCAGACUGAAGCCCUGAUAGGGGACAGGGAAAGUGCUGGGACCAUGGGGAAGUGGCCCAGGGAUAAAGAGGAAUCUGGGGGCGACAUGGACAGAAGCCCCUUCUGUAACCACCCCUCUCGACCCGACAGGCUGAGGAAUCACGUCCACGUGUCGCUCCAGAUCGUCCCAUCUUCCAGGGCACAGGGAAGGGAAAUGGCUGUGAUGGAGCCAACUCAGAUGCCAGUGACCUUUGAGGAUGUAGCUAUUUAUUUCACCAAGGGGCAGGGGGCUCUGCUGGACCCCGCUCAGAGAGCCCUUUACAGGGACGUCAUGCAGGAGAACUACAAGACGGUGACCUCGCUGGGAUUUCCCAUUCCCAAACCCGAGCUGAUUGCCUGGCUGGAGCAAGGGGAAGAGCCGUGGGUGCCCGAUCUCCAGGCCUGUGAGGAAGGAAGGCUUCUGAGAUGCACCCGCACAGCAGGCGCUGAGCAAGGGAGUGAGAACCAGGAGGGGAAUCAUCAUCAGGAAGUUCCUGGAAAAGUGCAACCACAGGGGACCUUUGUGGGAGGACCUGAAGGGAAUUUUUCCCAGUGCUCUGAGGGAGAAUCCUGCGGAAAUUGGCACAGGUCAGAGAGGCUUCCAGGAAGCCACCCCACAAACAAAGUGGAUGAAUCUCUUAACGGUGGGGGACAAGACAAAGAUCCCAGAGUGCAGCAGACAAAUCCCAAGGAAGAUACACCCUGGCACUGCCUUCAGUGUGGGAAAGGAUUCAUUGUGAGAUCACGGCUUGUGACACAUCAGACAAUCCAUAUUGGAGAGAAACCCCUUCAAUGCUUGGACCGUGGGAAAAGCUUCAAUAAGUGCACAGAUCUUAAUAACCAUGGGAGAAGCCACACUGGAGAGAAGCCCAUUCAGUUCCUUGAGUACAGGAAACGUUUCAGUUCAAGUCGGCACAAAAGUCACAUAAGAAAAGCCACAUAGGAGAGGAACCCCACAAGUGCUUGGACUGUGGGAAAAGUUUCAUUCAAAGGUCAGAUCUUGUUCAACAUCAGGCAAUCCACACAGAAGAGAGAUCCCAUAAAUGCUUACAAUGUGGGAAAAGUUUCCCAUGGAGGUCGGCGCUUGUUAAUCAUCAGGCAAGCCACACAAGAGAAAGACCCCACAAGUGCUUGGACUGUGGGAAAAGUUUCAUGCAGAGGUCACAUCUUGUUAAACAUCAGGCAAUCCACACAGGAGAGAGACCCCACAAGUGCUUGGACUGUGGGAAAAGUUUCAUACGAAGGUCAACCCUUGUUCAACAUCAGGCACUCCACAGAGGAGAGAGACCCCACAAGUGCUUGGACUGUGGGAAAAGUUUCAUACGAAGGCCAGACCUUGUUUGUCAUCAGGCAUUCCACACAGGAGAGAGACCCCACAAGUGCUUGGAUUGUGGGAAAAGUUUCCUAAGGAAGGUCACACCUUGUUCAACAUCAGGCAAUCCACACAGGAGAGAGACCCCACAAGUGCUUGGACUGUGGGAAAAGUUUCAUACGAAGGUCAGAGCUUGUUUAUCAUCAGGCAGUCCACACAGGAGAGGGACCGAACAAGUGCUUGGUCUGUGGGAAAGGUUUCAUAAAGAGGUCACAGCUUGUUCAACAUCAGGUAAUCCACACAAGAGAGAGACCCCACAAGUGCUUGGACUGUGGGAAGAGUUUCAUACGAAAGUCAGACCUUGUUAAAACAUCAGGCAAUCCACACGGAGAGAGACCCCACAGGUGCUUCGACUGUGGGAAAAGUUUCACUCGGAGAUCAACCCUGGUGAAACAUGGGAGAAUCCACACAGGAUCUAAACUUCUGUGACACAUGACAAGAAAGGGUUAAGCAGCUUGCAUGUAAUUGACUCAGAUCAGGCCUUGUUACACAUCAGGCAAGCCACACAGGACAGAGACUUUAGUAAAUGCUUGGCAUGUGGGAAAAGCUUCAGUAACAGCAGAAACCUUAAUAAUCAUUGAAGAAUGCACACAGAAGAGAGACCCUAUAAAUGGCCUGGACUGCAGGAAUGGUUUCCGUUGGAAAUUAGCCCUUCAUAACAAAGGAGGAGUCUGGUGGCAUCUUAAAGACUAACAGAUUUAUUUGGGCAUAAGCGUCGUGGGUAAAAAAAAACCACUUCUUCAGAUGCAUGGGAGUGAAAAUUACAGAUACAGGCAGAAAUAUACUGGCCCAUGAGGAGAAAAGGAGUUACCUUACGAGUGGAGAACCAAUGCCGACAAGGCCAAUUCAAUCAGGGUGGAUGUGGACCACUCCCAAUGACUGAUGAGGAGGGGUCAAUACCAAGAGAGGGAAAAUUGCUUUUGUAGUGAGCCCGCCACUCCCAGUCCCUAUACAGGCCCAAAUUGAUGGUGUUAAGUUUGCAAAUGAAUUGUAGCUCUGCAGUUUCUCUCUGAAGUCUGUUUUUGAAGUUUUUUGGUUGAAGGCUACUUUUAAAUCUGUUACUGAAUGUCCAGGGAGAUUGAAAUGUUCUCCUACUGGCUCUUCUAUGUUACCAUUCCUGAUGUCUGAUUUGUGUCCAUUUAUUCUUUUACAUAGAGACUGUCCGGUUUGGCCAAUGUACGUGGCAGAGGGGCAUUGCUGGCCCAUGAUGGCAUAUAUCACAUUGGUCGAUGUGCACGUGAAUGUGCCCCUGAUGGCGUAGCUGAUAUGGUUGGGUCCUAUGAUGGUGUCGCUAGAGUAGAUAUGGGGACAGAUUUGGCAAUGGAUUUGUGGCAGGGAUUGGUUCCUGGGUUAGUGUUUCUGUGGUGUGGUGCUGGUGAGUAUUUGCUUCAGAUUGGGAGCUGUCUGUAAGCGAGGACUGGCCUGCCUCCCAUGGUCUGUGAGAACGAGGAAUCGUUUUCCAGGAUAGGUUGUAGAUCGUUGAUGAUGUGCUGGAGAGGUUUUAGCUGGGGGCUGUACAUGAUGGCCGUGUGUUCUGUUAUUUCCCUUGUUGGGCCUGUCCUGUAGUAGGUGACUUCUGGGUAUCCAUCUUGCUUUGUCAGUCUGUUUCCUCACUUCCCCAGGUGAGUACUGUAGUUUUAAGAAUGCUUGAUAAAGAUCUUGUAGGUGUUUGUCUCUGCCUGAGGGAUUGGAGCAAAUGCGGUUGUAUCUUGGGGCAUGGCUGUAGACAAUGGAUCGUGUGAUGUGUCCCGGAUGGAAGCUGGAGGCAUGUAGGUAAGUAUAGAGGUCAGUAGGUUUUCAGUAUAGGGUGGUAUUUAUGUGACCAUCACUUAUUUGCACUGUAGUGUCCAGGAUCUCUUGUGUGGUCUAGGCUGAGGUCGAUGCUGGGGUGGAAAUCUUUGAAAUCCUGGCGGAAUUCUUCAAGGGCCUGCUUCCCAUGGGUCCGUAUGAUGAAGAUGUCAUCAAUGUAGUGCAAAUAGGGGAGGGGGCGCUAGGGGACGAGAGCUGAGGAAGCGUUGUUCUAAGUCAGCCAUAAAGAUGUUGCCAUGCUGUGGGGUCAUGCGGGUACCCAUAGCAGUCUCGCUGACUUGAAGGUAUAAAUUGUCCCCAAAUCUGAAAUGGUUGUGGGUGAGGACAAAGUCACAAAGCUCAGCCACCAGAUGUGCCGUGGCCUCAUCAGGGAUAAUGUUCCUGACAGCUUGUAGCCCAUCCUCGUGUGGAAUAUUGGUGUAAAGAGCUUCUACAUCCAUGGUGGCCAGGAUGGUGUUUUGAGGAAGAUCACCAGUACAUUGUAGUGUCCUCAGAAGUCGGUGGUGUCUCGAAAAUAGCUAGGAGUGCUGGUAGGGUUGGGUCUGAGGAGAGAGUCCACAUCGCCAGAUAAUCCUGCUGUAAGAGUGCCGAUGCCUGAGACGAUGGGGCAUCCAGGAUUUCCAGGUUUAUGGAUCUUGGGUAGCAGAUGGAAUACCCCAGGUCGGGGCUCUAGAGGUGUGUCUGUGUAGAUUUGUUCCCAUGCUAUAGCAGGGAGUUUUCUGAGCAGUUGGUGUAGUUUCUUUUGGUACUCCUCAGUGGGAUCGGAGGACAGUGGCCUGUAGAAUGUGGUGUUGGAAGGUUUCCUGGCAGCCUCCUGUUCAUAAUCCGACUGUUCAUGAUGACUACAGCACCUCCUUUGUCAGCCCCUUUGAUUAGAAUGUCAGGGGUGUUCCUGAGGCCGUGGAUGGCGUCGUGUUCUGUAUGGCUGAGGUUAUGGGGUGUGCGGGCAACUUCUCAGGCCUAAACUUGAUCUAUAGAGAGGAAAGCUUAUUAUAUGGAAAUGCUGUAACGCAAAAAACUUACAGUCCUGUGUCCUGUGUGACUUAGGCCAGCAUAGUAAAGUACAGUAGGCCUGUGUCUGUUGACACAAAUAAUCAGUUAAGCCACUGUGGGUACGUGACUAGAGGCUGGAAGGGGGGCCGAGGGGGACCAAGCAGCGUCCGAAAAGUCCCCAACUGCACGUUAUUGCACUAGCCAGCUCUGUAAAAACCCCCAACCGCAAUAUUGCACCAAUUAACCGCAGAUUUUAUUUCCGCUGAUAAACAAGUUUUUGCUAUACUAAUAUGGAGUUGUUUUGCUAUAUUCCUUAUAAGGCAUUAUUAAUGAGGCUUGAGUGUUGGAAAAAUACUGAUGGGGAAGUAUAUUUGUUUGAAUGCAAUUACAAACCUAUAUAAGUUUGUGUGUUAUUGGAGGAGAGCCAGAGAGCAGCUUGGCACCUGCGUGUGGCCUGCUGUUUCUCUCCCUGCAUGCUUGUAUCCUAAUAAAGGAGCCCCAGGCUGUUCUGAUCCAAAAAACAACGCGUGGUGGUUUUUUCCACAACAGGGGCCAGUGACGCUGUUUGUUCACAAUCUCAGCCUGUGCACGUCUGCGGAAGCACUCUGUGUAGAAGUCCAGUCUGUCAUUUCGACCCUCAGGAGGAGUCCACGUGGCAUUCUUUUCCUUGUAGUGUUGGUAGGAGGGUUCCUGUGGGCCAGUACUCUGAUCAGUGGUGUGUUGAAAAUAUCCCUUGAUCAGAGACAAUGAAAGUAGGCUUCCAGAUCUGUAUCAUGGCGGGGGGGAAAGAGAGUCCCCCAGAUAGGACAGACUCCCGAGAUAUAUACAGAGAACAUCUUCCUACUGUAUGCUCCACUCUAUGCAUCUGAUGAAGUGGGUCAUAGCCCACGAAAGCUUAUGCCCAUAUAAAUUUGUUACUCUCUAAGGUGCCACAAGUACUCCUCGUUCUUUUUGUGGAUACAGACUAAUACGGCUACCACUCUGAAAGCUCCUUCCCCUGUCACUGUCACGCUCCACUCUCAACACAGCAGCCUCUGUCCCAGCCAUGAAAAGUUUAACCUGCCUCCGUUCUAUCCCUCCGCUCCCACUGUCACGUACCACCCUGUCCCUGGCUCUCCAUGCUUAGGAGUCACAGCUUUGAUGUCUAUGAUCUUAGUCAGACUCCGGAGGGCUGGAGAAGGAAGUGUCACAGACCUGGAGUGAGCAGGGAAAUCUCAAUGAACUUCAAAGCACAGUUGGACCUUCAGAUUUUAUAGCCCUGUUUCCAUCUAUUGGUAAAAUUGCUUUCCGGCUUUUUCUAGGUUUGGUCCAGAUCAUUUAUAGAUGGGAAGGUUUUUUUGUCUUUCUUUCUCUUUCUUUUGUUAUGAUGAUGCUAAAACUUUUGUAACUCAUACAGCCGAAUAAUGGGGUGAGAAGUGAAGCCGGUUUAGCCACUUCAGAAGAAAAUGGGUAAAUUUCUUCCCCUGAUUUUGAGUCUGAAAUGAUUCUCUGAGAUUUCACUUUAUGAAUGUGAAAUCAUUUUAUAGCCCACCCUGGACUGUGGAUUUUUCUCUCUUUGUGAAGGCCGUGAGGUCACAAACUUUGAUAUUAAUUUAGUUUGACAGGAUGCAGCUCAGAUUUAUUGCAGAUUUCAAGAGACAAAUGGUCAUUUGCCAGAAUUGUCCUUUUUUAAAUUCUAUUUUAUUUUAAUGUUUAUCUAACCCUUUGUCGUGAGAUUUUUGUGUGUGGUUUGAGCAAUGACCGUGAUCACUAUCUCAGCAGGAACACUGAUGGUGAGAGCUAGAUUCAGAAUGUGAGAGGCAGAGACUGAAAUGGAAAUGAAGUUACUGCCUGUAAAAGCAAAAUCAAGUGAGCGCAAACUUUGGUCAAGUUAACUGUGUACGUGAUAAAGAGCUGAGGGGCGGGGGGGGGGGAUGAGGGAGCUCCGAGAAACAUAAUUGCAACAGCUAAUCUUAAGAAAGCUGUUAACCGUAAAAGAACAACUUGUUAAAACCAGACAACUUGUUUUUGCUGUGUUCCUAAUAAGGAAAUAUUAAUGAGGAAGUGUGCUUAUCUGAAUAUUGUUACAAACCUAUGUAAGCUUUUGUUUUUUCAUCUUUGCAGAGCCGCUCGGUGCAGCUGUCUCUCCCUGCAUGCUUGUAGUACAAUAAAGGAGCCUCAGGCUGUCUGAUCCAAA